AUGUUGUUUAGAUUCGCACUAUUAUUGGCCUCCUUCCAGGCCGGCCUCAGUCUCGAAUUGGGUCCUGGGUAUGAUCAUCCAAUUGAGGACCUUGACAAGGACCUUCCUUUUUCUCAACCUGUCACGUUCGCCCACUUGGAAUGGCAACGAUGUCUCGCACAGUCUCAUAAGAAUCCAUUAGAUAUAGCAAUUCUGGGGUUUCCCUACGACACUUCAACUUCGUAUCGGCCUGGUGCUCGUUUUGGGCCCCGCGGUAUUCGCGCCGGUUCGUCUCGAGAGAAAAAGGGUCGCAGUUACAACACCGUGUGGGGAAUUGACCCUUACGAGCAAGGUUUGGAGAUUAUCGACUGCGGAGAUGUUCCAAUUACACCCUUCGAUGCGAGCCAUGCUUUUAAGCAGAUGGAGCAGGCUUACCGUCAGGUCUUAUAUCAUCCGACUUCUAAAGAAAAUGAGUGGAAGCAUCCACGCAUCAUCAGUCUUGGCGGUGACCAUUCUAUCGUCUUACCAAUUCUCCGAAGUCUCAAAACGGUUUAUGGACCUAUUUCUGUAAUCCAUCUUGAUUCUCACCUUGACACAUGGGAUCCUUACGAGGGUUAUACUGGUAUUGUAUCUAAUCAAUCUGCCAUUACUCACGGCACCUUCUUCUGGCAUGCUAGCCGUGAAGGAUGCAUCAGCAAAGGCACGAGCGUCCAUGGCGGACUGAGAACAAAACUAUUCAGCCCCAAAGACUAUGAGAUCGACAGAGAUGUGGUCGGUUUCACUUUAAUUGAGGCACAGGAAAUUGACGAGAUUGGUAUGGGAGGUAUCAUAUCCAAGGUCAGGAAAGCUGUUGGAAGCACCCCUACCUACCUGUCGAUUGACAUUGAUGUUCUCGACCCGAGCAUUGCUCCUGCAACCGGCACUCCUGAGUCCGGCGGAUGGACAUCUCGGGAACUAAAAAGGUUCCUCAAGGGACUUGAAGGGAUCAAUUUAGUUGGCGCCGACGUGGUGGAAGUCAGUCCUCCUUAUGACUCGGUGGCCGAGACCACCUCGGUCGUCGCAGCAGAUUUGAUUGUGGAUAUUCUGGCUGGAAUGGCCAAGACAACGCAAUACGAAAAGUCUAUUGAGAAAGAUGAACUCUAG